CUCCAAGCGACUGCAGCGGCAGCACCAGCAGCAGCUUGUGAAUGGUCCCCGCCUCUCCGGGGAGUUUCCUCCGCGGGGAACUUUUACUUUAUGUGCAGCACCUGUUGUGUCGCCAGUCGGCCGUCUGCGCUCGCCAAACACUCGGAGCCACUUCAAGACAUUCAUUUCCUUCAGAAAGUUGAACGCGCAAAGCUACAAGUGGCAUUUUACCCAGAGUCGGUCGCGUUACUCGGAUGGACUAUCUGUGUUUGCAAGGGAAAGUCGAACACUUUGCAAACAGACAAAAGUAUGUUUCGCGUCUAAGCAGAUCUUAAUUUACAGCCGUGCACGUUUCCAACUGUCCUCUUGAACACUCGUGUAUAGGCGAACAGGUGUGCGCUCACUAAGUUCAUGCUCUUUGCUCAGAUGCUUCUCGGGAAACUUUGCACAAAGAAGUUUUCGCUGUAGAAACUCUGCCCGAUCAGGAUUAUGUGGACUUUACUUUACGCGUGCCUCUUACAGAUGUGUCCAAAGUUGGAUACGCGUCUCACGAACAAUAUUUCUGCAUGGUGAUUGAAACAACACAUACUAAGUGCCUAUAAGCACCGACAGCCACCAUUAAUCCAAAUGAUUCCAUUGCUUCUCUUGAUUCUCAUAUCGUCUCUUCAUCAGCAUGAGUCGGUGGCGGAAUCGAGUCACAUCAGUAAGAGUCACCACGCCAGCACUAAAGAGCAAAAUGGAGUGCAUGAGUCUCAACACGAGAAGGUCCUCAGUGUCACUGGGGAUGGAAUUAUUCAAAGCCCUGACUUCCCCAACACAUAUCCCCGGAAUACAGUUAUAGCGUGGCGGCUGGUAGCAGUCACAGAAAGUUCCAGGAUCCAGCUGACCUUUGAUCCGCGCUUUGGCCUGGAGGACGCCGAGGACGGCAUUUGCAAGUAUGAUUACGUGGAGGUGAAGGAACCUGUUGGAGGGAUAGUGUUGGGUCGUUGGUGUGGCUCACAGAUGGUUCCAGGGCCCCAGGUAUCCAAGGGGAACCAGAUCCUGAUCCGCUUCGUCUCUGAUGAAUACUUUCCCUCAGACCCUGGAUUCUGCAUCCGUUACACUUUGCUUCAUCAGAGGCAGUCAGAGCCCGAGGCCCCUGCAGUGAUUCCUGCAUGGAUGCAGAGUGUGGAUGUUCUGAGUGAAGCUGUAGCUGGUUUCAGCACAAUGGAGGAAGUGAUGAAAUACCUGGAGCCGGAUCGCUGGCAGGUGGACAUGGAGGACCUCUACAAGCCUACCUGGCAGGUGUUGGGCAAAUCGUUCUUCCAUCAAAAGAAAUCCAGAGGAGUGGUGGACCUGAACCUGCUUCGUGAGGAGGUGCGGCUCUACAGUUGCACUCCACGGAACUUUACUGUCUCAUUGCGUGAGGAACUGAAAAGGACGGACGCCAUCUUCUGGCCCAGCUGCCUGCUGGUGAAGCGCUGUGGAGGGAACUGCGCAUGCUGCUCUUUCAACUGCUAUGAUUGCCAGUGCUCGCCUACCAAGGUGGUCAAAAAAUAUCAUGAGGUUCUGAUGCUGAAGCACAGGGCAGGGGGUCGGGGACUGCAAAAGACUCUAACGGAUGUCCCCCUGGAGCACCAUGAGGAGUGUAGCUGUGUCUGUAAAAAUGACUCAGACUAAAGCAGUCUCAGCAAUAGAGAGUUACACUGGCCCCCCACAGACUCACCCAGGGAAAAUAUUUCUUGCUUCGUGCAUAAAUGAGCGAAAGAGUUUUUCCUCUCACGUUGCAAACUAAUGAAACCCAGCGCUGGAUAUCUUUUUAUCUUGACUUAUCUAAGCUUGCGGUUCCAUUCGUUUUGAGCUCGCAAAUCCAUAAACAAUUGACCAAUGAAGAAGUUUCCAUUGGCCCUAUGAUAGCAUGGAGUAUUUGCAAGAAAAUUGGACACGUUUUUCUUUUUUUUGAGUGUUUGAGUGCAUGUAUAGGGCUGUGCGGGUUCAGGAAAUGAGGUAUUCCAGGAUAACUAGAGGGCCUGAAGUGAGGUUGCUAUUACUUGGGGGAACAAAUGGAUCUGCCGCGUUUUUACAUAUAUUUUUUUCUUAUUUUUUACAACUUAAAUAUCAAAGGACCUUGACUAUGCAUCCACUUUCAGCGAUCCAAGGACAUUUUUGAGGUGGCGUGGACAUUCUCCUCAAUAGCAUCCCAAAGAAAUUAAUUACACUGUCAUAAACCAGCACUGUGUCGCCUACUCAUCGGUGAAUUAAAAUUAGACAUUUUCAUUAAUAAUUCAUAAAGAAUAUUCCAGGAAAGAUAAGGAUGUCCCUCUUUUUUUAAACCAGAGUUGAGCAGUCAUGUCUGCAUUUUUGCUCAUUUGCUACGAACUAUAGACUCUUGUGAGAAUGACUCCAUUCAAGAGAGAACACUAAAAUACAAAAGUGAGUCUUGUGUAAAUACAUUUCAAAUUGUGAUUUGUUGACUUUUCCUGUCAUUACUGUUUUUGGUACGAAAAUUUUGGCAUGUAAGAAUCAUUUUUCCCCUUUCAUAAUCACUGUAGUAUUUUCAGUAUUAGUCACUCUUUUGUAGAGACAUUCAUACAUUUAUUGUUUUUUUUUUUAAUAGAUGUUUUAUUUGAGUAACAAAAAUGUUAUUUUGACUGGAGACAAAAAUAUUCUGAAAAGUGUUAGAUAUUCAUGUAAAUAGACUUUUUAGAAGUUAAAGGGACAUAGAACUGCCAGUAACAUAUUCCUCUACAAUUAAACAAUUAACUAAAUUGUUGUGGUUUUUCCAAA